GCGCGUACGCUGAGUGGUACUGACUAGCCAGGAAGCCAUGGCGUGGGUACCAGUGGAGUCUGCAGUGGAAGAGCUGAUGCCCCGGCUCUUGCCUGUGGAGCCCUGCGACGUGUCAGAAGGUUUCGAUCCCUCUGUACUCCCGAGGACGCCUCAGGAAUACCUGAGGCGGGUCCAGAUUGAAGCGGCUUUAUGUCCAGAUGUUGUGGUAGCUCAGAUUGAUCCAAAGAAGUUGAAAAGAAGGCAAACUGUAAAUGUUUCUCUUUCAGGAUGCCAGCCUGCUCCUGAAGGAUAUUCCCCAACACUACAAUGGCAACAGCAACAAGUGGCACGGUUUUCAGCUGUUCGACAGAGUGUGAACAAACAUAGAAGCCACUGGAAAUCACAACAGUUGGAUAGUAAUGUGACCAUGCCAAAAUCUGAGGAUGAAGAAGGCUGGAAAAAAUUUUGUCUGGGUGAACGAUUAUGUGCUGAAGGGGCUGCUGGACCAGCUACAAAUGAAAAUCCAGGAAUCGAUUAUGUACAAAUUGGUUUCCCUCCCUUGCUUAGUAUUGUUAGCAGAAUGAAUCAGGCAACAGUAACUAGUGUCUUGGAGUACCUGAGUAAUUGGUUUGGAGAAAGAGACUUUACUCCAGAGUUGGGAAGAUGGCUUUAUGCUUUGUUGGCUUGUCUUGAAAAACCCUUAUUACCUGAGGCUCAUUCACUGAUCCGGCAGCUUGCAAGAAGGUGCUCUGAAGUGAGACUCUUAGUGGACAGCAAAGAUGAUGAGCAAAUUCCUGCUUUAAAUUUAUUAAUCUGUUUGGUUAGCAGGUAUUUUGACCAACGUGAUUUAGCUGAUGAUCCAUCUUGAUGUAGCUGCUAUUUCAGGAAUAGAAGAUUUUUGUGAUAAAGACAGCCUAAGUUUGAGGAAUGCAAUGCAAAUUCAAGCACAAGCCUCUCAUCUUCAACACUAUGUGAAGGGCCCUCAUCUUAACCUGUGCAGCUCAAGUUGAUAUUCAGAAAAUGCAAUGUAUUGUUUUGAAAGUCCGAAAUAUCUAUGAAAAAUCCCGCCCAGUUUUUGAUUAUCACUUUGAAUAGUUUUCUGCAAUCACAUGCUUUUAAAACUUAGUGCCAGUUAUUGGUGAAGCAGCCUACACAGAAAUUGUAUGAUGAAAUUUUACAUUAUUUUGUUUACUGUUUCAUUAUCUUUAUACCUAAUACAUAUAAAACUUUAUUGAAAACUUGUUUUGGUUACUAAAAUUUUGCUUGACUCUUAAAACAAAAGACAAUGGAUAAAUGCCCUUAGUAUUAGAAGUAAAAUAAUGUAGAUUAAGUGACAAAUAUGUUCAUAGUCUAAAAUCAACAAAAUUAAGUUGUAAUCCUUUCCAUCCUUUAUGGGAGGUGGAAAAGGGAAAGGGGGUUGGGAAUAAUAAUAAUCAGGCAACCAAUAGCUUUUCCACACGUUAUAAUUGAAGCAGAUUUUAUGUUUUGUUUUUUUCUCUUGUUACAUCUUCAUAAAAUGCAUUUUUAAAAGGCAA